GAGGCGGUUGCUCGUCGGCUGCGUCUCGCGGGCGCCUCCCCCACCCUUCCCUCGCGCUCGACACGAGCUUCUGAGGGGGCCAUGAGAAGGCGGCUUCGAAAGGAGGUGGUGAUGGCCGUUGCUGCCGCCGCGGCCGCCCAGCGCCUACCUCCGCCUCCUUUCCCCUCCUCAGCCCCAGACCACGGGGUUCUGUGUGCCUGCCAGCCGUAGGAGGGCCGCGGCGCCCACCGCAACACCGGUGGGAGGCGGAGAGCGAGCUAGCGUCGCCGUCGCCUCCUUGUUUGUCCAGCUGCCGUCCUCGAUGUCUCCCCCGCCGGGGGGAGCUCACCCCACCCGUGCCCUUUCUGCCCCUAGAGGCCUCCUGGGAGCCCGGCCUCGGCCUCCCGUUUCCCGAGGCUGCUGCCCAAGCCAGGCACGACUCCCGAGGCGGCGGCCCAACGGCGACAGAACUGGCCUGGCCGUCUCCCCCGCGGCGACCAUGAAGGCGGAGGCGGGAGACCACAUGAUAAACCUGUCGGUCCAGCAGGUGCUGAGCCUAUGGGCUCACGGCACAUCGCUCCGGCAUCUCACGGAAAUGUGGUACUGGGUUUUCCUAUGGGCUCUCUUCUCUUCUCUCUUUGUCCACGGUGCUGCAGGAGUUUUAAUGUUUGUCAUGCUGCAAAGGCAUAGGCAAGGGAGAGUAAUCUCUGUCAUUGUGGUCAGCAUUGGAUUUCUGGGUUCUGUAACUGGAGCUAUGAUAACCAGUGCAGCAGUAGCUGGAAUUUACAGAGUGGCUGGGAAAAGCAUGGCUCCCAUGGAAGCACUGGUGUUUGGAGUUGGGCAGACUGUACUGACAAUAAUUAUUUCAUUUUCAAGGAUUCUUGCAACACUUUGAAUUUUCUAUGUAAGUGCUGUGUGUGAAAGGAAACAGUCUGCAGUGAAGCUUUCCAGAAAUGGCUUCAGUAGCUGAUGGAUUGGAAUUACCAGGGCAAUGCAUGGUAUGUGGACUGCAAAACUAGAGGUCCUAUCCAUUUGGAAAAUACUUCCCUCUAGAGUCCAAAAAUGACACACUACUGCACUGUACCUAACGUGCCUCUGUCAUAGGCAAGGUGUGAUCCGUUAAGGAGAAGCUUGAUAUAAAUCACCUUGUGAAGCUGCUAAUCAGGCAAACAGUUGGUGUUGUGAUCAUUGUUUGUGACAGUAUUGAAGGAAAUACAGGGGCAUUUCUGAAGAAUGAAUAAAUGUGCCAAAUGUGAAAUUGAUUUUU